CGACUAAUCGUCGAACUCAGAUAAGGAAAAGCGCGGGAAUUAGAUAAAUAUUUAAUUAUAAUUAGCUUCGUAAUUACAAAUUUAGUUGAAUGAAAAGUGAAAACCCUAAGCUUUAUGUUACAUUGCAUCCAACAAGAUGUCCAAGUCCAACAAACGACUGAAAAUUUCCGCCGGCGAUCAACCGGCGGAGACGUCAACGCUGUCCAGCACAAAACUCCCGGCCGACCUCGUGAUCGAAAUCUUCAAGAAGCUUCCCGCCGCAUUGGCUCUGGCCCGGUUCCGGUGCGUAUGCAGAUCAUGGCGCGAUCUUCUCUCCGACCCGGCUUUCCUCCGUCAGAUCCUCGUCACAGAGCAGGAUUCCGAUGACAGCCGUCAGAUCAUAAUCUUCCGUCUGACCGGCGAUAGAGAACCUAUCUUCUCUCCCUGCUCGUACGACACUCUUCUUCCCUUAUCCGCCGAUCCACCGCGACCGGUCGUCCUCCCCAGCACCAGAGGCGUGGGAUAUAAUAGUUGUCGCAUUGUGGGCUACGACAAUGGCAUCUUUUGUUUGAGUAACAGGACACAAGAACCCAACGGUAUCCAUCUAUACAACCCGGCCACCUCGGAGACGAAAGCACUUCCACCUUCCCCAUUUACCUCGCCGGAACGUCGCCACAGCUUGUUCUGCGGCCCGAUGUUUGGUUUCGACCCGACAACGAAUGACUACAAGCUCGUCAGGCUGAAAAAGGCCGGAAAACGGAGGGCUGGCGAGGGGGUCAUCGUCCGUUUCGCCGAAGUGUACAGCCUGAUGCGUGAUUCGUGGAGCAAGGUCGAGACCUGCGGCGACGUGGACCUGAUCUCCCGGUUCAUGACCAACACAGCAAUCCCGAUUCCCGAGUGCCACGACGGGAAAUGCUACCUUUGGAAUCGAGAAUAUUGUUGUAGCCGGAUGACGAAAGUGCUCUCUUUCGACCUAGCAAAGGAAGCGUUCGAGGUGGUCGACGUUUUGGAUCCGGCGGUGGAGGACAACGGGACCAUGUUUCCUCUGCACAUCACCUUCUCGAGAGGCUCGAUGGUGGCGGUCUUCUCGUCCCACCGUAAUAUGGGUGUCGUGCUUCAAGUGUGGAUGAUGUUGAAGUAUGGAGUGGCGGCUUCGUGGGUGAAGUUGUAUGACGUUCCUGGUGACGAGGAUUACUACAUGCCGUAUCGUUGUCUGGGGAUGUGGAAGGGAUGGAAGUGUGUGUUUGUGAGGAGGAGGAGGAAGAAGGAGGUCGGGAGAUCGUAUUUCGGAGGAGAGGUUGUUGUGUUCGAUCCUCGAACUCGAGACGUCGUUGAUUUCGGGGUUCGAGCAUAUAGGAAGGAUGUCAAGAUCGUAUGGAAUCAUGUUCCUAAUCGAGUUUCGGUUGUGGGUUUUGCUGACACAAAUUGAUCGAACGUUUGUGAUUGUAUUGGGAUGUGAUUUUCAUUAUCUAGGUCGUUUUCAUUUUCUCGUUCGGUUGAACUAUUGCGCGUACGUAUUGUUGCGUGUAUAUAGGGGUUAAGGGUCGUCCCUAAAGUUCUCGAUGCCCUGUUCCAAAAACAAACUGUGACCCAAUUUUUUCUAACAAAUUUAAUAAAUACACUUAUUACAU